UAUAAAAGAGUCUAGAAUUCGUAAUCAGGUCAGACGGAUUCGUGCAGCGAAGCAGCCGCACCAUGAAGUCCAUAAGCCUGAGUGCGCUGGUCGUCAGCCUGCUAAGUCACCAAGUCAUCGCAGGCGGACUUGGAAGCAGUUAUUACGGCUUUGGGAAUGGCUUCGGUAGCGGAUUCGGCGGCGGAUAUGGCAGCGGAUUCGGAAGUGGAAGUGGACUGAGUGCCUUCGGAAGCGGUUUCGGUGGCGCAUACGGCAGUGGGUUUGGAAGCGGUGGUGGACUGAGCGGCUUCGGCAGCGGCUUCGGUGCGGGAUAUGGCAGCGGAUUAGGCAGUGGAUUUGGCAGCGGAAAUGGCCUCAAUGGAUUUGGUGGAAACGGCGCUUACUGGAGCAACAGCUACGGCAGCCCCUACGUAGUUCCAAGGAUGCUCCUUUAUCCCGUCGUUCUGCCAAGCGGAAGUGGGAGUCUCUGGGGAAGCAACGGUGGCUGGUACGGAAAUAACCCUCUCGGAUACUGGACGCCAUGGAGCUCUCCAUACAACGUAUGGUUUUCCGGACCGUUUGGAGUCAGCCAGCCUGCCACUGGACUAUGGAGUCCGCGCAGAGUAAGUUCACCGGCCACCUGGUUCACGUCGGGUAAUCUUGGCGGUCAAGGUCCUUCAGGCGGAAUCUACAGAUUACGUGUGCUUGGAGGGAAUGGAGGCCUGAGCGGAGUCGGAUCAAGCGACUACGAUAACACUUACGACGACAGCAGUUCCUCUGGUAGCAGUAGUCCAUCCAGCUGGAGUAGCCAAAAUGGCGGUUCUGGGUUUGGUGGAAGCGGAAGCUACGGCAGCUUGGUUGGGACCAGCGGCCUUCCAACCGGAUUUGGCGGCAGUGUUAGCCAGAUUGGUGGCGAUGAUGACACGUACUACGGUCUGAGCAGAGGAUCAAGAGGAAGUGGUAGUUACGGCAGUUUCAACCGCCUCUUGGGAACAGGCGGGUCUGUGGGGCCACUCAGCGGCCUCCGCGCAGGUAUAAGAGAUCUGUUCAACCGACUUGGUGGUUUUGGACUAGCGGGAGGACGAAGUGGAUAUGACAGUUUGGGCAGUCUCGGCAGUCCCUAUCUGAGAUGGCUAUGCCGCGUCACUGGACUCUCGCCAUGGAAAUUGCGCCGCCUUUACAGGAAGUACAGGAGAAGUGGGAUCAGAUGCUGUUUUCUGACGUACCUGAGGCGAAAUGGAUACCUCGGUGGCUACAAUUGGGGAUAUCCAUACGAUGGCACGCAGGGUAGUGGAGGAAGGCCAGGCACUGGUGGAAGUUUCUAUUACUGGAGAUCACAGCCAACCUACUACAGAUGGGGAACACCUCUGGGAAGCUCAGGGUCUUCACAAGGAGGUAGCUAUGGGGAAAGCUCCUACAAUGAAUUCAGUGGAUCGACAAGUGGCGGUUACGGAGGGUCUAGCAACGCCAAUGGAGGAAGCUUUGGCGGCAGCAGCGCUUGGAGUUCUAGAGGUUCCGGGCAGCAGGAUGGGCUGACAUACGUGAAGGUGUAGCAGAAACAAAUUUUGGUGUUACAAUAUAAAACCACUGGAAAAUUGGGUAAGCAACCCGCACUACCAGUUUGUGAACUGGCCGACAUACUUUCAAUUUUUUAAAAAUAAAACUUCUCCAAGAUUUUCA